AUGGCUGCGCGGAAAGUUCUCGUGGUAGGACCGCCGGACGGUAACCUGCGCGAGCUCGUUGCAAAGACGAGUGCAAUUGCAGCGAAACAUGGCCCCUUUGCAGCAACAUUUAUUGUCGGCGACUUGUUUGCGUCGACUUGGUCGGACGAGGCCCAAGCGCUGUUGGACGGCGCGCUCACACUACCGAUGAAAACCUAUUUCUACUAUGGCACACGGCCACUUCCUGCUCAAGUUGCGGCCAAGAUACCGGGCCAAGGAAAUGAACCUAUUGCGCUAAACGACCAGCUGUACUAUAUGGGCAGCAACGGCAUCCUUGAGAUUGACGGGUUCCGCGUCGCAUUCCUCGGCGGGUCCUGCACAGAUCUGGACCUAGCGCCGCGGCUGGAACGCAUGCCACCGGGGUUCAAUUCGUACACCACGCUGGACACGCCGGAAGACGUGGCCGCUGGUUUGCAGACAUUGCUUGAAAAUCCAGCGCUCGUUCUCGGCAAGGCUGUACCACCUCUCCCGCUCAACAAUGCAGGGAGCUUGCAAGAAGCGCGCGCGCUGUCCGCUGCACAAAAUUCGUACACGGAACAGCUUGCACACGACGCGACAGCCUUGGGCGAGCGUCGCGCGAUUGAUUUUUUGUUCUGUAAUGCAUGGCCGCGCAACGUGGAGCGCCUUGCGUCUACGCCCUUGCCGGAUCCCAACGCACCUGCCUGGGGCACCGAAGCUGUCACACACCUUGCCGAAGCCGCACGCCCGCGCUACUUUUUUGCACGCGCGCCCAGCGAACAAGAAGCGCGGGCGCGCGCUUUAACAAUAGCACCGUCUGUGCUGGCGUGCGGCGCAUUUUGGGAGCGCGAGCCAUACGAGAAUCCACCGUUUGCGGCGAUUACACCGCCGUUUUUACCACCUGUGACGCGGUUCCUAUCGCUGGCCAAGGUUGCGAACGCGGAAAAAGCGCAAUGGUUCAUGGCACUUUGCAUUGUGCCGGCGGAUACGCUGCUCAAAGGCGACACAGCCUCUGCCGCACUGCAGCGCCCUGCCAAUCUGACACAGAGUCCAUUGCUUGCACCUGCAGCGCCACCGAAGCAGUCUGCCGAACCCCUUCAUGCUCGCUGGGACGCCGCACCAAACGCCACAAAGCGCCGCAAACACAAGCAUUCUCGCGAGCCCGUUGCGCCGGUCGGCCCCGAGCGCUGUUGGUUUUGUCUGAGCAAUCCCAACGUUGAAAAGCAUUUGAUCGUGUGUAUAGGGAACGAGUCGUACAUUGCGCUGCCCAAAGGCCAAGUACCCAUCGCUUCCGACGCUUCCUCGCCCGUUCCUGGCGGCGGGCACGCACUGGUAAUUCCCAUUGCGCAUAUGCCGUCGAUCUACGCGCCGGAUACCGCCUCGGCGGCUUUGUACAAUGAAAUCGAUGCGUUCAAACUGGCUUUGCGCAAAUGCUACGCGGCGUACGAAGCCGUGCCUGUGUUUUGGACCGUGGUGCGUCGUUCUGGAGUGCGCGCCGGGCAUACUCAAAUACAGGCUGUGCCUGUCCGCCGCGAUCGUAUGGACGGCAUCGAGUCCUAUUUCCGCGGCGCAGCACAAGACCAAGGGCUUGCAUACGAGGAUGCUGAGGUUGCCGAGGCGUUCGCUACGCCCAUGCAGCCAUCCGAGUUAGUACGCGCCACAGACCGCGACGAUUUCUGCAUGAUGGAGCUGGAUCAUGUGCGCCUGCUCAUCCUUCUGCGCGGCGAACGUUUCAAUUUGCAGUUUCCCCGCGAGACGCUGACGUCCUUCCUCGGGAUGCCAGAGCGCGCGCAAUGGAAAGCGUGUGAGCGUCCCGAAGAAGUGGAAGCAGCGGAAGCAGACGCAUUUAAAGAAGCAUUGCAAGAAUUUACCGAUCCUAUUCUGGAUGCAUAG